AUGGCGUCCUCCCUGAGCGGGAUGUUCUCCGGUCAGCCGCCCGGUCCUCCUCCUCCUAUGCAGCCUGGAGGCGCCUCUGGGCUCAUGUCCACCCCGCCUGGGGCGAAGAACCCCGGGAACAGCACGCUGGUGGACGAGCUGGAGUCGUCGUUCGAGGCCUGCUUUGCCUCUCUUGUAAGCCAGGACUAUGUCAAUGGAACAGAUCAGGAGGAGAUUCGUACUGGUGUUGAACAAUGCAUUCAAAAGUUCCUGGAUGUUGCCAGGCAAACAGAAUGUUUUUUCUUGCAGAAAAGAUUGCAACUUUCUGUACAAAAACAAGAGCAAGUCAUUAAAGAGGAUGUGACAGAACUGAGAAGUGAGCUACAGAGAAAGGAAGCACUCAUUCAGAAGCACCUAACUAAACUCCGCACCUGGCAGCAGGUUCUGGAAGACAUUAAUGGUAGCCAAAAGAAGACAACUGAGAUGACACAAGGGCCACUUGCUUACCUGGAGCAAGCGUCAGCCAAUAUCCCUGCUCCUAUGAAGCAGACUUGA